AGGAGACGGUGCAUGCACUCCCCGCAUCCAAGAAGAAGGCUUAGGCAGGGACGAUCGAGGUCGUCAUUCAUCACCCUGGGCCUAGGUAGCUGGACAUCAGCUUCGAAUUUCAUAGCUGGCAAAAGGGCUCUGAAGGCGCUCAUGCUCCUUGCAAAGCUGAGGGCCUUAAUCGGAAGGACGGCUCUUGACCAGCAAAGGUUUAGAAAGCGUUCACAACUGUGGCUCCUGCACAAACGCGGUCCACACUCCUUGUGUGUGGACCGCACAUGACCCUUAGUUGUUGAACAAACCCGAAGAGCAGUGAAGGUUCAGAGGCUGACAGAAGAGCUGUCAAGUAGUUCCACACCAGUCACAUGCCGUUGCAUGUCUUAGCCAGGGAUGACAAGAAAUAGCCUCCCGCUUUGGCGCAUUCUGUGUAGGAAGCCUCCAGCUUAGGUUUUAGCCAUCCUACCUCCAACCUUUCACUUCUUCCUUUGAAAACCUGCUGUAAAGCUGCAGCCAAAGCACUCUUGAGUUCUGUUACAGUCAGCUUAGCUCUAGCUAUUCUGCAUUUUAGGGAUUUGCAGGGGAGGGGGCCUGUGAGGGAUGGGGGCGCUGUGCUGCUGUCCCAUACCAGAGGACUACUGGGAGGAGUAUGGCCACCCAAACAGCCUUCAAAAUUGUUUUGGCGUGCGCUACUGCUUCCGGUGGUGCAUACGCGCUUAUCGGACACUAAUUGACCCCCAGAAUGAGCACCGGCUAGGGGGAUCCCCCAUCCACGGAACCUCAGCCAGCCCCUCCGCCGUUCUCCUAAGCCCAACUCGGACUGACUCCACCAAUCCGGACUCCUACCGCGCGCCCCCCAUGCCGUUGCCAUUUGACCAUCGGAACCUUCGGCCGCGGGGGCCCACCGGAAAGGGGGGGUCGGAUCGGCAGCAGGAGGGGGGGGAGGGGAUGGCGCUGCUUCGGCGGGGGGUGGAAGUGGGCAGCGUGACUGCCCCGCCAAAAGCCGAGGAGACUGAGACGGAAGAGACGAAGAAGAUGGCGAAUAUUAAGAGGAACACUUCGGUGAUGUCGUUUACGGACGAGGAGUGCUGUCCGACGUGCUUGGAUGGCUAUACCGAGGACAACCCGAAGAUCCAGACGGCCUGCCUGCACCACUUUCAUCUGAGUUGCAUAUACGAGUGGAUGGAACGGAGCAACCGAUGCCCCGUCUGUGACAAGGAGAUGAUGUUCGAUGAAAGGUGACGUGGACAAAAACGAGCACGCAAAGCAUCCGCUUGGCUGCAUUCGCCUGUGACCUGUAAUUAAUAGAUUGAUCUGAAACGCAGCAGCAUGUUUGUACAGUCAAGCGGGCACUUAUUGGCUCAUCAAAGGGGUAGAAGCUGGAUUUGGAAGAGGACACGUGUGGGAAGGGUUGGUAGGCUUCGGCGAGCCCAUAGAACUCGCCUGUAGAUUCGAUCAAGUUCGUCGUGGAUCACACAGUGCCCUCAAGCCAGCUGUAUUAUAAGCUUCCAAAAGGUACGCUUUGCGAAGAUAUAGGUGGACCGACCAUAUUGUAUAUCGUCAUCUAGAGUGGGCUCGAAAGUGGAUUGAGUUCCUAUGCGUCCGUUUAACAUCUUCACAAUGCGGGAUGCACACGUUCUGCGGGCAG